CGACGCUUCUUGGAAAUGUACUAUAAUGGUCGGGUUGGUUGGUUGGAGAAGGGUUUGAGUUCGCAGUCCUACCCCUUCUCGAUUUCGUUCUCCGAGUUCUUCGUGGUCGUCGCUUCCCUCCUCGUCAUGGAUCAAGACUUCCGCGCGCGGCAGGCCGCCAUGUACCGCGCCGGCACCGGCGCCGCCCCCGCCCCCUCCUUCUACCCCAGGGUCAAUUCCGCCGCGGCUGCUCCGCCCGAUCGCGGAGCUUCUUUUCAUCACCCUGCUUCCUCUGCUCCUCCUCCCUCUUCGUCUGCUGCAGGACUUGGUAUCAAAGUCAUGAUAAAGCCAGAAUAUCAGAUAACACCUCCUCAGUUGGCUCCACAAAUGCCUGAGGUUCCUCGUAGCAAGUUCCAAUUUGAUUUUGAGUUUGAGAAACAAAUACUAGCUGAGGCCGAGAAAGAGAGUCAGAAUUGGAGCAGAAUUACGGCUGAAAACCAGCAAUCAAAGAUGUCGUCUGCAUCAUCAUCUUCAUCUCCUUCGAUGGCAUCAACAGGGGAUCCAAUUGUGGAUAAGUAUGUUGCCUCUGGGCUUCGACGUGAAGCAGUGUCACUUGCUGUUCUGAAUUAUGGAGACAAUCCAGUGAAGGUGAGAGAAUUUGUAAAAGGGUACAACAUUCUCCGUGAGAUGGGAUUCUCCUCAAAAAAUGUGGCAGAAGCGCUGGCUAUUUAUGAUAAUGACACUGACAAGGCUGUUGCCCACUUCCUCAACACUUCACAGUGAUGCUACGUUAGAUGUUUGGGGUCAUAUUAUGUGGAGCCCAGUAGGUUGGUUUCCGGGUGUUCACGGUAUGUAUCUUGAGGUUCCCGUCUUGUGUUGGGUUUGAGAUGCGCAGAAGCUUUCUCUAAACAAGCUUGAACAUCAGAUUGUGAAAUCAAUAAUUUGUUUUAUGGAUUA